AGGAGUACGGACUUGCUGCUCGGACGACUCUUCGUUUACUCCCCGGGGUUCGGUGUUGAGCCCGGGGCAGGGUGGAGGGGAGAGCCGGGAAGGACUGUGUUAAUUCGCACUGCCCUGUUAACGGCGGCGGGGGUCGUCAUUUUCGUCACUUCUUCACAUCUGGAUAUCCGGAAGACCCGACUGUCACCGUGCGGUCGCAGUAGGCCGCAUCCACCGGCUCUCCUGACAUCCCCACCCGGCCAUACUCUGGCCUCCCCCGGCAGCCCCCGUGGAAGCAGUAGUAGCAGAAGGAGGAGAAGGGGGAGGAGAGGAGACCUGAGCGGCCGAGUAGAGGAGUGUGAUCAGGGAGCUGGGGCCGCUGCUGCCCCCCAACAGCAGCACCUCUCAGCCCCCCUCUCCUCCUUUUUCCCCACCCCCAGACUCCCCGACAUGACUGCCAUCAUCAAAGAAUUCGUCAGCAGGAACAAAAGGCGAUACCAGGAGGAUGGAUUCGACUUGGACUUGACCUAUAUUUAUCCAAACAUUAUAGCUAUGGGCUUUCCUGCAGAAAGGCUUGAAGGUGUAUACAGAAAUAAUAUAGAUGAUGUAGUAAGGUUUUUGGACUCAAAACAUAAAAACCAUUACAAGAUCUACAAUCUGUGUGCGGAAAGACAUUAUGAUACCAACAAAUUUAGCUGCAGAGUUGCACAGUAUCCUUUUGAGGACCACAAUCCACCCCAGCUAGAGCUCAUCAAACCAUUUUGUGAAGAUCUCGACCAGUGGCUAAGUGAAAACGACAAUGUAGCUGCAAUCCACUGUAAAGCUGGUAAAGGACGCACGGGGGUGAUGAUUUGUGCUUAUUUGCUGCACAGGCGCAAAUUCUUAAAAGCACAAGAAGCCCUAGAUUUUUAUGGCGAAGUACGGACCAGAGACAAAAAGGGUGUGACGAUUCCAAGCCAGAGGCGUUAUGUAUAUUACUACAGCUACUUGUUGAAGAACAAUCUGGAUUACAAACCGGUGGCGCUGCUCUUUCACAAAAUGAUGUUUGAAACUGUUCCCAUGUUCAGCGGCGGGACAUGCAAUCCUCAGUUUGUUGUUUACCAGCUGAAGGUUAAGAUUUUCACAUCCUCGACCGGACCGACUAGACGAGAGGAAAAGUACAUGUAUUUUGAUUUUCCCCAGCCCUUGCCUGUUUGCGGGGAUAUCAAGGUAGAAUUUUUCCACAAACAGAACAAGAUGAUGAAAAAGGACAAAAUGUUCCAUUUUUGGGUAAAUACAUUCUUUGUGCCAGGUCCUGAAGAGCAUUCUGAGAAAGUAGAAAAUGGAACGUUAGUUGGAGAACAUGAGCUGGAUGGCAUAUACAGCACAGAACGUGCCGACAAUGACAAGGAAUAUCUCACGCUUACUUUAACAAAGAAUGACCUAGACAAAGCUAACAAAGAUAAGGCCAAUAGAUACUUCUCACCAAACUUCAAAGUGAAGCUAUUUUUCACUAAAACUGUAGAAGAAUCCUCAAAUUCAGAGGCAAGCAGCUCAACUUCUGUAACGCCGGAUGUUAGUGACAAUGAACCUGAUCAUUAUCGAUAUUCUGACACCACUGACUCUGAUCCAGAGAAUGAACCUUUUGAUGAAGAUCAGAUCACACAAAUUACAAAAGUCUGAAAAAGUUUUUUCCUUUGGUUGUUUUUUUUUUUUUUUUCCUUCUGUUUUUUUUUUUAAUUUUUUUUUAUCGAGGGAAUAAAAACCACAGAAAAAGACACACUUGAAUAAACUGAAAAAGGACUUUUUUUUAGAAGGUGAAUGACAUUGUCGGGCUACCAGUUGUAGGAGCAAUUUUUUUUUUUCCUUGACCAACAUUGUUUUGCCCAUCAGGGUGUUCUUUUUUGGCACUGUUCUCCAAAUGGAAAGGUGGAAAAAAGAAAGAAAAAAAAAAAAGGAAAAUGGAAAAAGAAAAGGUUACGUAGCAAUGUUAUGUAAAUAUCCUUUUCGUGUCAAAAGGACAUUCAAAUCUUAAUUAGGAUAAAUAAAGAUGGCACUUUCCCAUUUUAUUCCAGGUUUUUUUUUUUUUUAAGUGGAGAUGUAUAUGUAGGAAAUUUUUUUUUUUUUUUUUUGUGUUCCUGUCGCCAACUGAAGAUAAUAAUGCGCUUUGUGAAAUACCUGGUUCACCUCCUGCCUGUUCGCAACCAGCGUGGCAGCGGAAAAAGACCCCAUUUGUUGGUUGGUUGAAAAAAAUGUUCUAAGGAUUUAUUCUAGUAUAUCUGUUAGAUUUGGUGGUGAGAAAUGCCUAGCAACGAAUCCGUGUCCACCUGGGUUAAUGUACCAUCUCGAGCUACUUACAUGCCUCUUUCCUUAGCAUGCUACCGUAAUUAAUCCUGAACAUAAUAAGGAAUUGUCCACUGUCGCUGCUUGUUGUUUGUGCAUUUUUUAACGCAUAAUGGUGCUAGAAAAGGCAGCUAUAGGGAGCGAUUCUAGAAAAGGGGUACAGGAAUGAACCUUCCAAAAUAUCACAAGUGAUACACACACAGAGAGUUCUAAAAAUUCUUAGGGUCAUAUUUAAGAGAAAUAGCGAUGAUGACUUGCCAGUCAAUAUAAAUGCAGUUGCUAGACGCCUAUAAUGGGUAAGAAUCAAAUGUCUGGCACACCAAGUCCAGUGCCAUAACUUUCCCAUCCUCUUCAAUUAUUAUCUAUGUUCCAUCUCUUGCACCAUUAAAGCCAGUUGUAAACGUCGGAGGUCAUCAAAGCCCACGGUAAUUGCAUUCAUUUCCAAACAUAUACUUGCUGUGAAUGCUUCAUGUGCUGCCUGCAAGCUUUUUUUUUUAUUUUUAUUAUUUCUUUAAUUUUUUUCUCUUCCUCACCCCCUCAUUAUAAAACAUGAGUAUGUUUUAACAGUGCACAGAAAAUUUCAAUGUAUGAUUCUAACAGGUUUCUAAAAUAAAUAAAUGAAAAAAAAAUGCAUACGUUUACAUGCAUAGCUGUCAGUAGUCCACCUUUUUGACCUUACACAUUCUAUUACAAUGAGUUUUGCAGUUUUGCACACUUUUAAUGUCAUUAACUGUUAGGGAAUUUUACUUGAAGAAUCUUUAGUACCUUAGAUGGUGUUGUGGGGUUUUUUUUUUUUUUUUUUUUUUACCUUUCACAUGGUUAAAGGGCCAGUGUUGCUUUAAACUUUUCAACACUGCAUAAGUAUAAAUUGUGUAAUUCAAAAAAUAUAACAUGUCCAAAAUAUUCUAUAUUGUAUGAAUGCUAUUAAAAUAUUCGAGUUCUCGAA